AUGGCAGUUGAUUCCAUCCGUCCUCAGGCUCAGAGGCCUCCCACGGCCAAGAACCCACAGAAGCAGCAGAGGAAACCCGUGCGGCCCAGGACUCCCCCAGCAGACGAGGAGAAAUCCAGGGUGAAAUGCAAGAACUGUGGGGCCUUUGGACACUCAGCCAGGAGCACGACCUGCCCCAUCAAGAGGUGGAGUGGAGCCCUUGCUCUGCAGCCCCUGGACCCACACAAACAGGAGAAGAGCCUGAAGCCAGCAAAGCCUCAGCUACCCCAGGCUCCAGGCUCCUUUCUGAGGGAUGACAGAGAAAAGGAGCAACAGUCUAGGCCCCAGCAGCAGCUGCAGAGCAAAUCUCCCACACAGACACUUUCCAGGACGCCCCGAAAGAAAGCCCAGAAAGCCUGGGAGGAGCCAGAGGAAGCCUGUUGGUACCUGAGGCACCCUACCAUGCCACUGCCGGUGCACAUCGCCAAGAAGAGACGUGUCCAGAGUCCUGGGCCCACGGGUCCACCGCCUCCCGUCAAGACACCCGGGACGAGAUUACUCUGCCCUUCCAGUCACAGCAAACAACCAGAAUUGAGCAGCUGUGGACCCACCAAAGGACAUGGCGGGGAUAUUACUGCCUUCCAGCUCCCUGCUCUGAAGAGCUCCCACCAGGUCUCCACUCUCAGCGCCAGGCCACCAGCCAACAGGCCUGAAGUGUCCUCCCACCAUGAUCUCCAGCCUGCCAUGAAGGCGUUUGCCCUGGAUCCUGACCUUAAAUCCCAGGCAGAAGUCAGGCCCGAUGCAAAUGCAAAACCCAGACCACAGCAGGUCAGAAAAGAGUGUGGCCAAGAAUCCAGAACCCAGGUAGCAGGCAAGAAGGGUGUCCGGGCCCCCAUCCAGACUUCCCAGAACCCCGCAAAGAAAGCAAGCUCCUUCCCGACCCCGGCAUCGAGAACUCAGCUCCCUGAUGUGGGCACUGUGCAGCCUCCCCAGCGUCCCCCCAUGGCAACUGGACUUGGACCCAAACAGGCACCCAAGGCCACCACAAAGACAGCAGCCAUUAAGACAGAAACUGCGCCCCCCAGAGUCCACCUCCAGUCCCCCGAAGCCAGCUCACCUUUCCUGGGCCCAGCCCAGGGCUGCCCCGUCCUCCAGCCUGGACCUCCCAUUCCUGUUCCAGGGAGGCCUGGCAGUGUCACCUUCAUGAGAGAGGGCCAGGGACAGGAGAGGUCCAGGCUCGGAACACCCCCCACAUCCCGUCCUCCUCAGGACUGGACUUCUGGUCAGAGCCCUCACUUCUCAAGGGAGCCUGAGGGGCGGGCUCCCCCGGUCUCGAGGAGUGUCCUCUAUGAGGACCUUCAGGUCAGUUCCUCCUCUGAGGACAGUGACAGUGACUGA